AUGCCCAAGAAAUCAAACUCUCAGAAGCAACACCAACAACAAAAGGAACAACAGUCUCAAGACAAGAUGGCCUCACCCCCGUCCCCCAAGCCCACCAACGUCGACCCGGCCGCGCCGUCGUCGUACGCCAACGUGGCCCACCUGGAGAACCCGCCGGCCAGCAACACGGCCGCACACGACGUGCCGCCGUCGCCGCCGCAGAGCACCAUUGAAGACGAGAAAGUGCAGCAAGGAUACGAGCUGGUCGGCCGGGCCAUCGAUGCCUACCCGCCGGGCAAGUCGUACGCGACGGGCAUCGACGAGGCCCCCGUGACACUCGAGCGCACGCCCUACAUCCCGGGCGACAACGAGCCGCUGCUGGACCCGGGCACGGCGCGGGCCACCAUCGCCGCCAGCAGGGAGGCCCCGAACGGGACCGUCGAUGCCGGGUGGACGAGGAAGCAUCAAGAUAAGACUGUCCUGCAACAGCACCUCCAAUACUUCGACCCGGACCAGGACAACAUCAUCUGGCCGCGCGACACCUACACGGGAUGCCGCAAGUGGGGCUGGUCGAUCCCGCUCUCGCUCAUCGUCGCCCUCAUCAUCCACGGCGCGCUCUCGUACCCCACGGUCCCGCACCUGCUCCUGCCGGACCCGCUCUUCCGCAUCUACGUGGAGCGCGCGCACAAGCAGAAGCACGGCAGCAGCAGCGACACGUACGACAACGAGGGCCGGUUCCGCCCGCAGCAGUUUGAGGACAUGUUUGCCAAGUACGACGACGGCAACAAGGGCGGGCUGGAUGCGUGGGAUCUGGUGAGGUUUUGGAGGGGCCAGGUGUUGGUGUUUGAUUUCUUUGGGGCGACGGCGUCCGCGUUGGAAUGGUUCGCGACGUACCUCCUGCUGUGGCCCGAGGACGGCGUCCUGCGCAAGGAAGACGUCAGGCGUGUAUACGACGGCAGCAUCUUCCAGCACAAGGCUGACGAGUAUGCGAGGAAGAAGCAGAAGCAGAGGGGCGGUGGCGGCGCCGUUGCCAAUGCGAAGAACAGGAGGCUGCAGGCUGGCGCUUGGUGGUCGCAGUCGGCUAAGACUGCUUGA